AUGCAGGGCGUCCGAGAGGCCUUCUUGCAAACGGUCGGCGACUCCAUCCGAUGUCAGGAGUUGGAGACGGUUCUGCAGCGCUGCGGCGUGGACGAGGCCUCUGCUGCGUACUUGCUCCGACAGGCGCACGGUGUCGCUGCGGGCGAGGUGCUGACUCUGAACCAAUUCUUGGCCUCGAUUUUUCCGGCAGCCCCUCCGCGCAGUUUGUCCUAUGCCCAUGGUGUGGCAGAGGCGGGUAGCAUCGAUGCUUGGAAUGAGAAGCACUCAGAUGUGAAGCAGCUGGCGCUGAUGUUGAAGGGCAUGUGCAAGGCGACCUCUGUGGAAGAGGCCCUGGCUGAGGUUAGUGCACUGAUGUCAUUGGAGCACAACCUCUGGACCUAUGCCUACAUGCGUAAGCUCUACGACAGGAGUCCCAAUCUCUACUAUGCCACCAUCUCGUCGAAACCCUCGAUGCUUCUGCCAGCCGUCUACACGCCAACGGUGGGAGAGGCAUGCCAAAAGUUUGGCAAGAUGCCCUUGUACAGCCGCGGGUGCUACCUGCGGAUCUCGGAGCGGGGACGCUUCAAGGAGGUGCUCCGCGAGUACGCCGAGGCGGAGCUGGAGAAGGAUCCCGCCGGCGAGGCAUCGUUCUUGUGCGACUGUAUCGUCUUCUCGGACGGCGGACGGAUUUUGGGCCUGGGGGACUUGGGCGCCUGGGGCAUGGGGAUCCCCAUCGGAAAGCUGGACCUGUACACCGUCUGUGCGGGUUUCAACCCCAAGCGCACCAUCCCGCUGAUCAUCGACGCAGGGUGCUCGGGCGCAGAGGGCAACACAGACAAGCUCACGGUGCGUGACAGCGAGCUCUACACCGGGAUGAAGGUGGAGCGGCAGACGCGGAAGUCAGCUGCAGGGACGGUGGUGAAUUCCGCCUACUAUGGGGAAGGCAACGUCAUCAGGGAGUUCAUGCAAGCCGCCACAGAACUCUUUGGCCGUCAUUGCCUUUUGCAAUUCGAGGACUUCAACUCCAACGAUGCCUUUCCUCUGCUGGCCCAGUAUCGUGACCAGUUCCUCUGCUACAACGACGACAUCCAAGGCACCGCUGCGGUGGCCCUGGCGGCGCUUUUGGGUGCCAUGAAGUUGCGGAACCCCUACAGCGACCCCAAGGAGACCCUGCUGAAGGAGAAGUUCCUUUUCCACGGCGCCGGCAGCGCGAACAUUGGCCUCAUGAGGCUCCUGCACUAUGAGGCCGGUGUGCCUUUGUCCUCCAUCUUCGUGACCAACAGUCGUGGCCUCAUCUGGCGCUCCAGCGAUGGAUGCGUCGGGAGCUUCCGGAACGCCGAGCAGAAGGAGUUCGCGCAAGUGGGCGAGCCCACCUUCAACUCCAAGGAUUUGGUGACGCUGGUGGAACAGGUGCAGCCCACCUGUGUCGUGGGCGCCGUGGGUGUGGCUCCCAAUUGUUUUACCAAGCCGAUGAUCCAAGCCUUGACGAAAGUCACCGCGCGGCCGGUGGUCUUUGCGCUGUCGAACCCCAAGAGCCAAGCGGAGAUCACGGCGGAGAACUGCUACCAGUGGUCGGAAGGCAAGGCCAUCUUCGGAUCUGGCACGUGGUUUGCGCCGGUGGAGUGCAAUGGGAAACGCUUUGCGCCGGGGCAGGUGAACAACGUGUACAUCUUCCCGGGGAUGUCCUUCGGUGCUGUCUGCUGCCAAGCGAAGAGCAUCCCGGAAAGGCUCUUCUUGGUGGCGGCUGAGGCUGUAGCCCUCAGCUUGGGUGAGGAGGAACAUGGCUUGGACAUGGUGGUGCCGAAGCGGGACCGAAUCCAGGAGGUGAGCCUGAACGUGGCCACCGCUGUGGCCAUGGAGGCCCAGAAGCUGGGCCUGGCUGGGCGGCACCUAGGACGCUUGGCUGGGCAUUGCGGCGCAGCGGUGGUGCUUCAGUGGCUGGAUCGAGGGAGGGACGAAAAAGGCUGA